AUGGGCGCGGGACUCACGGCGCUCGCCGCCACGCAGCUGCUCCCGGGCGCCACCGUGCACGCUAGCGAGCGCCCCUCGUUCUCUCACGGCGUGUUGCACGUCCCUCCCGCGGCGGCCCACGCGACAUCAGCGGGCGUCGCCGCCACGCGCCUCGAGUCUAAUAUUCCCGCCGCAAUAUCUUCUUCAGCUUCCUCCGCCGCCGUUUCGGCGUCGUGGUGGUGGCAGAAGGCGACUGCGGACUGCCAGUCGCAGACGGCGUCGCAGAUGCCGUCGCAGGUGGCGUCGCAGGUUGCGUCCCACGCGCACUCUCCGCUGGCGUAUCGCUCGUCGCACGUGUACAGCGGAACGCAGGGACGGGAGGAGCGUGGGCGGGAGGGUGGAAAGAUGGAAACGAGGGAAGAGGGCGGCCAAUAUGAUGGGUGGACGAUAGUGGGGGGGUUGGGCGGGAUGAGAGCGGAAUGGAGAGGAGGGGCGGAGGGGACGGAGAGAGAGGUGUGGGGGCAAAAGCGAGAGGAGGCAGGAGGUGGGUGGGAGCUGGUGGCAGGGGGAGGGACAGGAAGAGGGGUAGCGCGAGAGGCUGAAAGAGGAAUGGAGAGAGGGAAGGACGGAGGGCUGGCAGAGGGGCGCGCAGGUGAGGCGGGGGCAGCUGUGCGCGCGCAGGGGGAGCGCACUGCGUGCGUGGCAGUGACGGGUGAGAGUGGACAGAGCAGGGAGAGGAAAGAGAGCAGAGAGCGAGGGGAGAGCAGGGAGCGGUGGGAGCAGUGGGAGCGUGGAGAGUGCAGCGAGAGGGUGCAGCAGCAGAGCAUGUGGCGCAGUGGAGGGCGGCGGUCCAUGGAUGAAACACACGUGCUUCAGUCCGCUGAUCAGCAGAACCACGCUUGGCAACCGCCUACUCGUCACCAGAGUCACCCCUCUGGUCACUCCCCUGGUCACCCCUCUAGUCACUCCCCUGGUCACCCCUCUAGUCACUCCCCUGGUCACCCCUCUGGUCACUCCCCUGGUCACCCCUCUGGUUAUCCACUGCACCACACAUCCUCCUCCUCACUCGCUCCCUCCGCACACAUUCCCUUCCCGCCCUGCUCUCCCGGCUCGUCCCCUUCCCCAUCGCCCAGCUCCACCUCCUCAUCCCUUGCCUCCUCCUCCGCUGCGUCUGCCUCGCCCUGCUCCCCGCUGCGCCCCAUGGCUCCUCCCCGCCGCACUAAACGCACUGAUGAGCGCAGUCAGUGCACCACCACACGCAGUGCACAUAACAUGACAUGUGCACAGGAGAUCACAGAGGAGAGCGCACAGGAGACCGCACCGACAGGGGACAGCAUGAUGGGUAGUCAAUGCAAUGCGCUUCUCACACAACCCAGGGAUAUCCUUCCCAGAGCACCUCCCGUAACAUGCUUCUCCUCCCGUGCCACACACGCCGUCACCUCCUCCUUUUCUGCAAGGCCUGUGGGAAGCAGCAGCGCCUUGGGUGCUCCGCUCGCCCCGGCUCCACCUGCAAGUUCCCCACUUGAUUGCGCACAGCCUGCUUCAGGUGGUGCCGCAGGUGCGUCUGCAGCGGGUGUGGGGCUCUGGAACGAGCAGCAGCAGCAGCUUGAACAGAAGGAUAUGGAUAAUCUCACCCAUGUACAUAGGCAUCAUUCUCAAGAGUAUCACCAUGCUGCGCAUGCGCAUCCUCAUGCACAUGGGCAAGGGCGUGGGCAUGCAUAUGAGCUUCUGUCUUCACCCACAGAAGCAGCGGCAGUGGCGGAGGCGCUGUGCCACUCGCAGUCGCGGGCGAGGGAGGCAGAGCAGGCAGCAGCAGAGGCGGAGAGCAGGCAGCAGUGGCUGGAGCAGCUGUUCUGGCAUGAGUGCACGCGCUCAUACUCCUUCCACCAGUGGGCGCACAUGCUGCAGCUGCAGGUGAACCCUGCUGUGCCCGUGGAGAAGGAUCAGCUGCUCAUGCUGAUAGGUGCUGAGGCUGAAGCAGCAGCAGCAGCAGCAGCAGCAGCAGCAGGUGGGUCGGGCAUCAGCGAUACAUAUCACAGGGAGGCGUGGGGCUCACAUUGUGCUGAUGAUGGCUGUGCAUCUGAGCCAUGUGCUGCUGGGGAAGCAGCUGCUGGUGACAGGAUGGCGGAGGCUCUUUUCUCUGAACGAACCGGUAACAGCACACAAGUGCUGCGCCAGCAGCAGCCACUUCCCCACCCUUCCUGCCCUUCUCGCUCUUCUCAUCCCUCUUGCCCUCCUCUCCCCUCUCCCGCUACCUGCUUCUGGGUGUUGCUUUCACUCUAG